AUGGAGGUGCCCGGGGCUGCCCCUCAGGGACACUUGGGGCUGGUCCUGGGAAAACUGUGCAGGAAUGUGGCAGCAUUGCCUGAAGACCUGAGACCGGGCCCUGGUUUUCCGUGGGAACCGGUGACAUGUGCGGCUCUUACUGGAUUUUUGAUUCUCUUGUUUUUGUGGAGAAGUGUUCGAUCGGUGAGAAGCCGGCUUUAUGUCAGAAGAGAGAAAAAGCUUGCUGAAGAGCUUUCUGGACUAAUUGAAGAAAAAUGUAAACUACUUGACAAACUUAGCGUUGUUCAAGAGGAGUAUGAAGGCUUAGAGUCAGCUGUGAAGGAUGCCAGCUUUGAGAAGGUCUCAACAGAAGCACAAAGCUUGGAGGCAACCUAUGAAAAGCUGAGCAGGUCCAAGUCUAAACUUGAGGAUGAAAUAGUCUUUCUAGUAAAAGAAUUAAAAGAACAGAAAUCUAAACAUUGUGAGCAAGAUGAAUUGAUGGCAGAUAUUUCAAAAAGGAUACAGUCCCUAGAAGAUGAAUCAAAACCCAUCAAGUCACAAGUAGCUGAAGCCAAAAUAAUCUCCAAAAUACUUCAAAUGAAUGAAGAACGUCUGAAGGUGGCAAUAAAAGAUGCUUUGAAUGAAAAUUCCCAACUUCAGGAAAGCCAGAAACAGCUUUUACAAGAAGCGGAAGUAUUGAAAGAACAAGUGAGUGAACUUCAUAAACAGAAAAUAACAUUUGAAGACUCCAAAGUCCAGGCAGAACAAGUUCUGAGUGAGAAAGAAAAUCACAUCAAGUCUCUGACUGAACGCUUGCUCAAGAUGAAAGACUGGGCUGCUGUGCUUGGAGAAGACAUGUUGGCUGAUGACUUGGAAUUGGAGAUGAAGAGUGAAUCACAAAAUGCUGCUCGCUUAGAUGAUCUGCCAGAAGGAGCUUUGAAGAAACUGAUUCACGCUGCUAAGUUACAUGCUUCUUUAAAAACCCUAGAAGGAGAAAGAAACCAAAUUCACACUUGGUUAUCUGAAGUAGAUAAAACAAAGGAAGAGCUUACAGAGCAUAUCAACAAUCUCCUGACGGAACAGUCAGAAAAUACGCAGUUGGAAAGUGAAAAUCAGAAUCUUCGGCAGAAACUUCAAGUAAUGACUGAACUGUAUCAAGAAAAUGGAAUGAAACUCCACAGGCAAUUAAUAGUAGAGGAAAAUUACCAGUUAGAGAAGGAGGAGAAACUUUCCAAAGUAGAAGAGAAGAUGAGUCAUGCAGCUGAGGAACUGGAGACCUACAGAAGGCGAGCCGGAGAUGUGGAAGGAGAAUUGGAGAGAAGCGUUCGUUCUUAUCAAGGGCAGUUGACGGCCUAUGAGAAAGAAGCGCAUGGCAGUUGGGUGGCAGCUGAGACUGCUGAAAGACACCUCAGUUAUUUAAGGAAAGGAAAUGUUUACAAGAGACAAAAAUUAGCUGAAAAAGAGUUUAAGUUUGAACUUCUCAAAAAAGAUCCUUUUGCACUCGAUGUUCCAAAUACAGCAUUUGGCGGAGAGCAUUCCCCAUAUGGUGACUCACCAGUGGGUCGACCUUCAUCCAAAAUGAGAGCUUUUCUCUCUCCACUCAGACUCUCACCUUUGACUCCAGGGCAAGGAGGAGGAAGAGGCUCAAGAGGCCCAGAAAAUACUCUGGACCAUCAGAUGACCAAUGAAAGAGGAGAAUCGGGCUGUGAUAGGUUAACCGAUUCUCAUGGAGCACCUUCUGGGUUCCUGUCACCUCCGUGGGAACAGCACCAGAGGAUGGUGAUCCUUCCACCAGGCCAACCAUGUUCUGAUCCAGCUCUUCUUCCACGAAGGCAAGACAGAUUUGAUUCUAAUCCUGCUGGACCGUCUGGACCAGCAGAAUUCAGAAGUUUUAAUAUGCCUUCUUUGGAUAAAGAGGAUGGGCCAAAGUCUUCACAAAUGGAAUCUAGUAGAAAUGAUACCAAAGACGAUCUUGGUAAUGUAAAUGUGCCUAAUUCAUCUGGACCUGCUGAAAGUGAAGCAACUGGCCCUGGCUUUGCUCCUCCACCUUUUCCUGCAAUCAGAGGUCCAUUGUUUCCAGUGGAUAUGAGGGGUCCAUUCAUGAGAAGAGAACCUCCCUUUCCUCCACCUCCUCCAGGAAGCAUGUAUGGAGCUCCUCGAAAUUAUUUUCUACCGAGGGUUUUCCCUCCACCACCUCCAUUUGCAAUGAGAAAUGUCUAUUCACCGAGGGGUUUUCCUCCUACCCACAAGUCAGCCUCCAUCCUUCCUGGGGAUUCUACCAGCCCUGAUCUCCAGGAGCCACUGCAGCGACAAGGCACGUUCAUCAAAGAUGAACACUCCUUCAUCCCUGGGCAACUGAGGAGGGCUCAAGGUGAAUUCGCAUUGAUGACAUGCCAGUGUCAGGCAAAAAUCAAGUAUGGGUCCUCCAAGCCUUCUGAAUUUGCAGGUGAAAGCAGCAAGAAUGCACAGAAAAUAGAGUUCAGGAGCUCUAGAAGAUUCUGUAGAAGAGGCUCAGUAAAGUUCAAACUAGAGAAAGACCCACGCAAGGAUCUAGGGCAAGAUCAGAAAAGUGUCCUAGAAAACCUUUCUGAGGAUUCAGGAAGCAUCUUAGUGAAAGUUCUGGAGGAUGACAAGGAGUCUUCAGAAAGUGACUUGAUGAGGCACCAAGAGUGUGACCAGGGAAAUCACUUACCCAGGGGCCCAGACAAGAAGCAUCUAGAAAAAACCCUGGAAGUCCAUUUGGACAAGAAAUUGGAUGAGAUCAAUGAGGGCAUGAUCCCUGAGAGUGUGCAUCAACCCAGGCUUGCUGCCAGCCAUGCUUUCCCCAAGUCUCACCCUGCACACAACCCAGAAACCUAG